AUGGCCUCAACUGCGGCAACUACAACGACUUCUGGCAUUGGACCAGCUAAAACGGUGCCCGCAGAUCUCAUUCAGACAGAGGACAACACCGUCUCAGUGCCUACGCAAUUCCCCAAUAAGGUGGCACCAGGGAAUGAAUUGAAGAUCGAUGACGCCCCACCCCCGGAAAUGGUGACGCCUCUGAGUCGAUUGGGAGAGAGGCCGGAAUUUAUCGAUUGUCCGUUCUGCAAGAGACGGACAGAAACAACUAUUUCGAAAGAAGGGAGUGAUACUCAGUGCCUCCUUUCAGUCCUUUGCUGCUUAGUCUGCAUCUGCCUAGCUUGUCUUCCCAGCCUUGCCGGAUGGGCCGAAGAUAUCCACCACAGUUGUUCGAACUGUAAGAGGAGGGUUGCAACUAAGCGCCACAGCGGCACAACUCAAGUGUAUGCUUCUGAUCCGGCGGUCCAAGUGCCUAGCAACUACGCGCCAACACAAGCGAUGUCAAUGCCUCAAGCUUCUACGGAACAAAAACUCUCAUCAUGA